UCUGAGGCGUCUGUCCACGCGCCCGCCAUGGCGGCUUCCGUGUCCGCUGUGACCCGGCUGUUGAGCGCGGGUGUCCGGCCGGGUUUCCUGCGGACGGCGGCCCCGGGCCCGACGCGGCCCUGCGGCAGGGCUCUCGGAGGCGCCGCGGUCCCCGCGGUGGGCGAGCCGGAGGGGAGCGGAGAUUUUCAAAGGAAGCUUCUGGACGAGCCUCUCCGGCACGCCGACUUUUUCAAGGUCAAGGAGUUGUUUUCUGUAAAAAGCCUCUUCGAUGCCCGAGUGCACCUGGGACAUAAAGCCGGCUGUCGGCACAGGUUCAUGGAACCGUACAUCUUCGGGAGUCGCCUGGACCAGGACAUCAUCGACCUUGAGCAGACUGCCUCGCACCUCCAGCUGGCCUUGAAUUUCACUGCACAUGUGGCCUACCGCAAGGGCAUCAUCCUCUUUGUGAGCCGCAACCGACAGUUCUCACACCUGAUCGAGAACGUGGCCCGAGACUGUGGCGAGUACGCCCACACUCGCUACUUCAAGGGUGGCCUGCUGACCAACGCGCCCCUGCUCUUCGGCUCCACAGUCCGCCUGCCGGACCUGAUCAUCUUCCUGCACACGCUCAACAACGUCUUUGAGCCCCAUGUGGCUGUCAGAGAUGCGGCCAAGAUGAACAUCCCCACGGUCGGCAUCGUGGACACCAACUGCAACCCCUGCCUCAUCACCUACCCCAUCCCUGGCAACGAUGACUCGCCCUCGUCCGUCCAGCUCUUCUGCAGGCUCUUCCAGGUCACCAUCACCCGGGCCAAGGAGAAGCGCAGGCAGAUGGAGGCCCUGCUUCGGCUGCAGGACCCAGGGCGGGCCACAGGAGAGCCGGCGCCCCUUCCUCAGUAGUCGUGAGCUGCCCUGUGACAGCCAUCCCCUGCUCUUGCACGAGAGAGCCGGGCCUGCCCGGCCACUGCGCAGUCUAGGCCCCAUUAGUGUUUUCCGUCCAUAAGGCAUCUGGGACUUCUCUACCAGGCCAGCAGCCUUCCUCGGGUCUGGCCGGCCUAGGACUGAGCACCCUGGGCUUGUCAGUGUCAUACGCGAUGCAAACUCCCUGGCUGCAGUUGGGAUGUGAACCUGGCACCCCAAUCGCUGGAAAAUGUCUUCCUGGCACCUGAGACGCCCUUUGUUAGGGCUGGCAUGGAGAACGCUUUCUAACGAGCGCAGGCCCCUGCCUUCUGUCCCCAGUACUGCCUGCGCCCUCAGAAGUCCCUUCAGAAUACCUCCUCGGAAGUUCUCCCUUCUGUCACCACACCUCAGCUUUGUUUGGAAGGUCCAGAUGCCUGGUGUUUUUCUUUUCAGCCAAGAUGCCCUUGUUGUGCUCCUGCAGCCCUGUGGGGGCUGAGCAGCAGGAGCCCCCAGUCAGCUGCCUGCUGUGCAGGGUCCAGCGGGGCAGAAGGGAUGACGGAACUGCGGCAGAAUUAAAAGCUGGAUUUGGGUA